AUGGAGGCGGGCGGCGGCCCCGGGCCGGGCCCGGCAGCGGCACCGGGCAACAACAACAACAGGGGCCGCGGCGGGGCGGCCGCGCCCGCCAGGGGCCGGGACAUGGCCCGGCCGCCCAGGAAGGACUCCGAGGGCUAUUCGGAGUCUCCAGACCUGGAGUUUGAAUAUGCAGACACGGAUAAAUGGGCAGCAGAGCUGUCAGAGCUUUACAGCUACACAGAGGGGCCUGAAUUCCUGCUCAACCGAAAGUGCUUCGAGGAGGACUUCAGGAUCCACAUGCCGGAGCGGCGCUGGCCGGAGCUGGAGCGGGCCCAGCACCGCACCCACGCCAUGCGGCUGCUGGACGGGCUGGAGGUGACGGCGCGGGAGCGGCGCCUGCGCGUGGCUCGGGCCAUCCUCUACGUGGCACAAGGGACCUUCGGGGAGUGCAGCUCCGAGGCCGAGGUGCAGACCUGGAUGAGGUACAACAUCUUCCUGCUGCUGGAGGUGGGGACCUUCAACGCCCUGGUGGAGCUGCUCAACAUGGAGAUCGACAACAGCGCGGCGUGUUCCAGUGCCGUGAGGAAACCCGCCAUUUCCCUGGCUGACAGCACGGACCUGAGGGUGCUGCUGAACAUCAUGUACCUGAUCGUGGAGACCGUGCGCCAGGAGGCCGAGGGGGACAAGCCCGAGUGGAAGAGCAUGAGGCAAACAUUCCGAGCGGAGCUGGGAGCCCCCCUGUACAACAACGAGCCCUUCUCCGUGAUGCUCUUUGGGAUGGUGACCAAGUUCUGCAGCGGCCAUGCUCCGCAUUUCCCCAUGAAGAAGGUGCUGCUCCUGCUCUGGAAGACUGUGCUGUGCACCCUGGGGGGCUUUGAGGAGCUGCAGAGCAUGAAGGCGGAGAAGAGGGAGAUCCUGGGGCUGCCCCCGCUCCCGGAGGACAGUAUCCAGGUGAUCCGGAACAUGAGGGCGGCAUCGCCCCCGGCAUCCGCCUCCGACCUCAUCGAGCAGCAGCAGAAACGCGGCCGCAGGGAGCACAAGGCCCUCAUCAAGCAGGACAACCUGGACGCCUUCAACGAGCGCGAUCCCUACAAAGCCGACGACUCCCGCGAGGAGGAGGAGGAGAACGACGACGACAACAGCCUGGAGGGGGAGACCUUCCCCCUGGAGAGGGAUGAAGUGAUGCCCCCCCCCACCCAGCACCCCCCCAGCGAGCGCAUCACCUGCCCCAAGGGGCUGCCCUGGGCCCCCAAGGUCCGGGAGAAGGACAUUGAGAUGUUCCUGGAGUCCAGCAGGAGCAAAUUCAUCGGAUACACCUUGGGCAGUGACACCAACACGGUGGUGGGUCUGCCCCGGCCCAUCCACGAGAGCAUCCGCACCCUGAAGCUGCACAAGUACACGUCCAUUGCCGAGGUCCAGGUGCACAUGGAAGAUGAAUUCCUGCGCUCCCCACUGUCUGGAGGGGAAGAGGAAGUGGAACAAGUCCCUGCUGAGAUCCUGUACCAGGGCCUGCUGCCCAGCCUGCCCCAGUACAUGAUUGCUCUCCUGAAGAUCCUCCUGGCUGCAGCCCCCACCUCCAAAGCCAAGACAGACUCCAUCAACAUCCUGGCAGACGUGCUGCCGGAGGAGAUGCCGACCACGGUGCUGCAGAGCAUGAAGCUGGGCGUGGACGUCAACCGGCACAAGGAGAUCAUCGUCAAGGCCAUCUCUGCCGUGCUGCUGCUCCUGCUCAAGCACUUCAAGCUCAACCACAUCUACCAGUUCGAGUACAUGGCCCAGCACCUGGUCUUUGCCAACUGCAUCCCGCUCAUCCUUAAGUUCUUCAACCAGAACAUCAUGUCCUACAUCACUGCCAAGAACAGCAUCUCUGUGCUGGACUAUCCCUACUGUGUGGUGCACGAGCUGCCGGAGCUGACGGCCGAGAGCCUGGAGGCCGGAGACAACAACCAGUUCUGCUGGAGGAACCUCUUCUCCUGCAUCAACCUGCUGCGCAUCCUGAACAAACUGACCAAGUGGAAGCAUUCCCGCACCAUGAUGCUGGUGGUGUUCAAGUCGGCGCCGAUCCUGAAGCGGGCCCUGAAGGUGAAGCAGGCCAUGCUGCAGCUCUACGUGCUCAAGCUGCUCAAGGUGCAGACCAAGUACCUGGGGCGCCAGUGGAGGAAGAGCAACAUGAAGACCAUGUCGGCCAUCUACCAGAAGGUUCGGCACCGCCUCAACGACGACUGGGCCUACGGCAACGACCUGGAUGCCCGCCCCUGGGACUUCCAGGCGGAGGAAUGUGCCCUCCGUGCCAGCAUCGAGCGCUUCAACGCGCGGCGCUACGACCGCGCCCACGGCAACCCCGAGUUCGUGCCCGUGGACAACUGCCUGCAGAGCGUGCUGGGCCAGCGCGUGGAGCUGCCCGAGGACUUCCAGGUCAACUACGACCUGUGGCUGGAGAGGGAGGUCUUCUCCAGGCCCAUCUCCUGGGAGGAGCUGCUGCAGUGACGGGGACAUGGGCGCGGGGCGGGGGCAGGGAGUGGGGCUGGGGGUGUGU